AUGACAUCAGAUCCCACCUCCCCAAUCCCCAUCAUCAACUUCUCUCCCUUUCUACACCCCACCUCCGAGACCUCUCGUCUCGAAACAGCCAAAGCGCUAGUCGACGCCUGUCGUCAUGUCGGUUUCGUAUACAUCAUUAAUCAUGACAUUCCCUCUUCAUUACUCGAGAAGGCUUUCGCAAUGACGAAAAAACUAUUCGAUCUUUCACACGAGGAAAAAAUGCAAGCAGAACAUCCGCCGGGUCCAGCUGUUCAUAGAGGUUAUUCGUAUCCAGGAUUGGAGAAGGUUUAUCAGGUUAUUAGUGAUGAUGUUGAAUUGGGAGAGAAGCUGAGAGACGUUAGGGAUUGUAAGGAAAGUUACGAAAUCGGCUCUGAAAAAAACCCCGAGCAGCCCAACAUCUGGCUUCCCGAAUCUACUCUCCCAAACUUCCACUCCUUUAUGCAAUCCUUUUACCACCGUCUCUCCUCUACCGCACAUCAAAUUCUCUUAGCUCUCGGCACAGGACUAGAGCUCCAGAAUCCCUCCGUACUUGCGGAUUUCCAUUCCGGAAAUGGUAAUCAACUACGACUCCUCCACUAUCCGCCAAUCCCCGCCUCCGAAAUCGAAAAAGGAAUUACAGCCAGAAUGCCAGCACAUAGCGACUUCGGAAGUAUCACCAUAGUAUUCCAAGACGAAUGCGGAGGAUUAGAAAUCGAACAUCCUAAGAAACCUGGUGAAUUUAUCAGGGCAGAUCCGGUUAAAGAUGCUAUUGUGAUGAAUAUAGGGGAUUUAUUGAUGAGAUGGACAAAUGAUGAUCUCAAAUCAACACUUCAUCGCGUAGAACUCCCUCCGUUAAGUACUCGCUAUACAAUUACGGACGAAGGAGAAAGAAUAACGCACGCGCGUUAUUCGAUUCCAUACUUUUGUGGUCCCGAUGCGGAUAAGGUUAUAGAAGUACUUGGGGACUGUGUAAAGGAGGGCGAGGAGAAGAAGUAUGAACCGAUUACGGCGGGGGACUAUUACAAGAUGAGGAAUGCAUUGGCGUAUAAAAGUUAG